CCACGUUUGAGUUUAUGUCCUAUCACAGGCCGCUCUUCAAUAUGGUUCAGCCCCUUUGCCUCCGCUGUGGUGGAAGAAGGUGCCUUCCUGCAGAAUCCUCUCUUUGGUUGAGGGUUUGUUGAAGAUAGUUCCUCUCUUGCCUACACCAACCUUUAGAGGACUUUGGAAUCCUGGAUGCCUCAAGGUGUCACACGGAACAUCAUGGCUGAAGCAGUCCAUUACAUCCACCUCCAGAACUUUAGCAAAUCUCUUCUGGAGACCCUGAACGGGCAGCGUCUUGGCGGACACUUUUGCGACGUGACGGUGCAUAUCCAGGAGGCCACGUUGCGUGCCCACCGGUGUGUGCUGGCUGCCGGCAGCCCCUUCUUCCACGAUAAGCUCCUGCUGGGCUACUCCGAGAUCGAGGUGCCUCCAGUGGUGCCCAGCCAGGUGGUGCGGCAACUGGUGGAGUUCAUGUACAGCGGCUCUCUGGUCGUCGCCCAGUCCGAAGCUCUGCAGAUCCUCACGGCUGCCUCCAUCUUGCAGAUCAAGACCGUUAUCGAUGAAUGCACCCAGAUCAUCUCCCAGAGCCGCAGCCCAAAGCCUCCAGCUGCCCCCCCGUCGGUGCCUCUCUCCCUUCCUAGGGUUCUGCCUGCCAAGCCCCAAGAGCAGCCCCCCAAGGAAGCUAUCGGCGGGGUCUCCCGGCCCGGGGACCUUGAGGCUGCCGACCUUGAGGCUCCCAAGCUCCUCUGCGCUUCUGAGGUGCGCUACAAGCUGCGUGACCUGCUCUCCUCCCAGCACCGGGAGGCGAGGGCCGCCGCCUGCGAGGGGGGCUUGAGCGACGGGGAAACAGGGGCUUCUUAUCUGCACCCCGCCGAGGCCACGACCAGCUGCCACAGCCGCAAGCAGCGCCAACCCGUGAGGCUUCAGCUCUCUGAGGCGAUGCCCGUCAUCAUCAAGGACGAGGAGGAGGGCGGCAGUGAAGGCGGCGAGGGUGCGGUGGCCGAACGAGAAGCCAAACUGAGCUGCUUUGCCGAGUGCGGUGGCAGCGGAAACUUCCCCAGCAGCUACAGCAACGAGGCAGAGGCAAAGGAGUCCGGGAACGCCAACGAGGCUAGCAGGAAGGAGAACCUCCACUUGGACUACACCACCUCCGAGGGCCAGGAUUUCUUCGGGAACCAGGUAGUGUUCUCAGAGUCCUUCAUCCCGACCUGGCAGGGGGAGGAGAGCAACGAAGAAGCCACCUCGUCAGCCAUGCGGGACAGGGAGAAGUUUCACGCAGACUGCAGCUUGGAGGCAUCCAACUUGAGGAAUUUGGCGGGGGAGUUCAAGUCGGACCUGGGCGGCCCCUCCUCGGCGUUCCCGGCCCGCGGUGGCGGCGGCAGCGCUGGGGGGAUGACUUUUGCGUCUUCUCUGGGCAUCCAACGGGAGUUGAAGGCCGAGGUCAGCGGUGCCGGCACGGCGACCAGCACCACCAGCAUCUUCCAGUUCCAUCUCCCCCAGCCCGGUGGCGUGACCCAGAGCUUUUACAGCAUACAGCAGCAGCAGGAGGCGGGCGCUGGCAACAUGGUGCAGCUCAGUCCCAGCUCCAUGGUCCCAGGUUCCCUGCAUGGCGGAGAACAGCAGAGCCAACAGGCCGGUCCCUCGCGCUGCUCUGAGCCCUCCUACCAGUGUAGCCACUGCCAGAAAACAUUCAGCUCCCGCAAAAACUACACCAAGCAUAUGUUCAUCCAUUCCGGUGAGAAGCCCCAUCAGUGCAGUAUCUGCUGGCGCUCGUUCUCGCUGCGAGACUACCUGCUCAAGCACAUGGUGACCCACACGGGGGUGCGCGCCUUCCAGUGCUCCAUCUGCUGCAAGCGCUUCACCCAGAAGAGCUCCCUGAACGUCCACAUGCGCACCCACCGCCCCGAACGCUUCCAGUGCUGCAUUUGCAACAAGUACUUCUCCCACCGCACCCUGCUGGAGCGCCACAUGACCACCCACACCGCCUGGAAAGGCGGGCAGCCCGAGGCUCCAGUGGCCAUCGUUGCCGCCCCCUCCGCUGCCGACUGGAAGGACAAGCCGAGCAUCGCUGCCGCCUCCGCCCAGGGGACCCUCCCCUCCGUGUGGAAGUCGGGAGAGGCGUCUUCCGAGAGUGGCGUCACAGCGUGGAAAGCGGGUGACCCCGUCUCCGGGGAAGGCAGCCUGGUGGCCUGGAAGGGGGAGGAAACUGGGGAAGGGCCCGUUGCCGUUUGGAAAGGGGACCCGGCGGCAGAGGUAGCCAUACAGACUCACCCAGGCUAGGAAAUUCCCUUUUGCUACUUCAGGAAGGGGCCUUGCCCAGUCCUCACUGCUCAGGCAGGCAGACUCAUGGGGCUGUCUUGAGUUGCUGGAUCAGGAAGGGCGCCCAGCAUCCUGUAAGUUGGGGAGAGGUCCGAUGCAGGGCCAAGAGUUUUCCUUUUGCAGAGCAGUGUUUCUCUGGGUCUGGGAGGCUGGAGGGAGCAUAUCUCAUUAUUACUGAUGUUUGUAGGCCAGCCUCCCUCUACAGGGGGCAGAUUCAUUGGGGGCCAUCCCGUUUCAUCUUCACGACACCCUUGUGAAGUAGGUAAAGUCCAGCGUGAUCGUGACCUGCCAAAGACCACGCUUCAUGGCUGAUUGGGCUUUGGAACCCAGGUCUCUCCAUACUACACUCUAUCCACUAGGGAGCCCUUCCUCUUUGGCGCUCGCUGUUAGAGGCGUGGCCAGCCAGAGGAAUGGAUCUCCGCUCAUACCAUUCACAGAAAUGUUAGAGCUGCCAGCAUGAAGCCACCAUCAUCCUUAAUGUUUAGGAUCAGAAAUAUCUUAAGGCAAUUUUUUAAAAAAAGAUUCCAAACGUAGGAGUGUUAUGCUAACCAUCUUAAAGCAGUUUCUGGUCCUCAUUGUCAAAUGUCUGGGUUCCAGGAAUAUUUACACACAUUGACAUUUCAGUUGGCUUCCUCUGCCCGUCCUCCCCACAGUAUGAAAUAAAACAGUGCAUAUAUUGAUGGCUGAA